AGGCUUUGAAGUUCCACGCAGAAUAUUGUGGAGUGAAAUGUAAGUGAAAGCCGAUCAGCUCGCUAGUCAGAUCCACGUUCUAUGGUCCACGGUUUGGAGGAUCAAUGUCUCCACCCCGUCUUACCGGCGCUCUGCGCUCUUUCUCCAACGUCACCAAGAAAGAGGACAUCCCAGAAGACGAGUAUGACCUGAAGGCCAAGCGUCUGAAGAGACAGAGACGAUUCGCCAAAGAGGGCCUCACCUGGCAGAAGAUCGUCCAGUUUUUUACCCAGCACCUGGACAAGAAAGACCAGCUGACCGCUCAACAGGAACUUAAAAGUGUCCUACAGUCUGCUAAACAUAUAGUUGGAACGGACCAUGGCCAGGACGCCAUUGAGGGUGCGGCCGUCUUCCUGUUCGAGACGUUCCUGGGCCGGGAGCAGCUGGGUGCUGAGGAGACCCGCGCCAUCCGGCACAUGUUCGGCCCCUUCCCCGCCACUGCCGCCGAAGCCUGCCUGGCGUCCGUUUUGCACCUCGUGACCUCGGCUGGCGAGGUGCAGACGGAGGCGUUCGUCCACACCCAGAACGCUGGCCGCACCUCCAACGCCGCCAUCAACGCCUUCGGCCGCAACAUCGCCUUCUCCCACGACGGCUACACGCUGGACUGCCAUGAGUCCCCGCCCUGGCUGGACGUCCCCGACGAGGACACCGUCGCCCUGGGCUUCCAGGGCUUCCUAAAUAACCACGUGGGCGGAGGCCGUGGCCAGGCGUCCGGCUCUGGGGCACAGGCGGGGGGCAGCGGUGGAGGCCGAGGGGUGACUGCUGGAGACGCUGGCGCAUGCGUCCUCAGGGACGAGGUGGAGAAGUACCAGAACGCUGGGAACAUGAUCUCCUCCAGCCCUGAGGAGCUCUGCACCUCCCUGUUUGAGAUGCUGGCCUCGCAGAAGAGUGAUGAAGAGCUGCAGAACGAGCUGUUUGAGUUCCUGGGCGCUGAUGGCUUUGAGGUGAUCCUGACCCUACUCCAGCGACGCUCCGACAUCGUGGACUCCCUGCUGUCCAUGCCUCCUGAAAAGAGGGUCAACUUUGUCCCAGGUGAUACGGAGGGUGGGCGGCCAGCCUACGGCUGCCAGGUGACCAUCCAGUCGGAGCAGGAGCGGCAGAUGAUGAAGAUGUACCGGCGUGAAGAGAAGCGCGAGAGGCGGCGGGAGAGACGCGGCGAUGACGGCCUGAUGGAAUACACCGACGCCAGCUUCUCUUUCGACCCCAAGGAGCUGAGGCUCCAAAGGGAGCAGGCCCUGCUCACGGCCCGGCGUUCACCAGUGCUCGGACGCCACAGAGAGCCGGAGAGGAUCCGCUACCCACACGUGUACGACUCAUUCGCCGAGGCCACCAAAACCUCUGCCUUUGUGGGAGGAUCUAAGUUGCUGCUUCCAGAGGGGAUUCGGCGGGACAACUGCAAGAUGUACGAGGAGGUGGAGAUCCCACCCACGGAGCCCAUGCCUGUUGGAUUCGAGGAGAAGCCUAUCUACAUCUCAGAUCUGGAUGAGAUUGGUCAGCUGGUGUUUAAGGGCAUGAAGCGACUGAAUCGGAUCCAGUCCAUCGUCUUUGAGACGGCCUACAACACCAACGAGAACCUGCUCAUCUGUGCCCCUACCGGUGCGGGCAAGACCAACAUUGCCAUGCUGACCGUACUGCACGAGAUCCGCCAACACCUUCAGCCAGGAGGCGUCAUCCGCAAAGACCAGUUCAAGAUAGUGUAUGUGGCUCCUAUGAAGGCCCUGGCAGCAGAGAUGACUAACUACUUCAGUAAGCGUCUGGAACCGCUGGGCAUCUCAGUCAAAGAGCUCACUGGAGACAUGCAGCUCACCAAGGGGGAGAUACUGCGCACUCAGAUGCUGGUGACCACGCCAGAGAAGUGGGACGUGGUGACGCGCAAGAGCGUGGGCGACGUGGCGCUCUCUCAAGUGGUGCGGCUGCUCAUCCUGGACGAGGUGCACCUGCUCCACGAGGACCGAGGACCUGUGCUGGAGAGCCUGGUGGCUCGCACCCUCCGACAGGUGGAGUCCACGCAGAGCAUGAUCCGAAUCCUGGGCCUGUCGGCCACGCUGCCCAACUACCUGGACGUGGCGUCCUUCCUGCACGUUAACCCCUACAUCGGCCUCUUUUACUUUGACAGCCGCUUCCGACCCGUGCCCCUCGGACAGAGCUUUGUGGGCGUUAAGGCCACCAGCAAGGUCCAGCAGCUGCACGACAUGGAGGAGGUGUGCUAUGAAAAUGUCCUGAAACAAAUCAGAGCUGGACACCAGUCUCUAAUGUCAAGUGUGCUCAAUGUGAACUACGGGCACUGUCAACUCAACUCUGUGUUGUCGGCCUCACACCAGCACCUAGGACCCUGCCUGCUCUGUGUUGUCGGCUUGUGGCAAGUGCAGCGCUCACGGAACAAGCAGCUGCGGGAGAUGUUCCCCGAGGGCUUUGGGAUCCACCACGCAGGCAUGCUGCGGCCGGACCGGACCCUGAUGGAGAACAUGUUCUCCAGGGGGUACCUGAAGGUUCUUGUGUGCACCGCCACUUUGGCCUGGGGAGUCAACCUGCCCGCACACGCAGUCAUCAUUAAGGGCACGCAGAUCUACGAUGCCAAGCGGGGCACGUUGGUGGACUUGGGCAUCCUGGACGUGAUGCAGAUCUUUGGGCGUGCUGGUCGGCCCCAGUUUGACAAGUACGGCGAGGGCACAAUCAUCACCACGCACGACAAGCUGAGCCACUACCUCACGCUCCUCACCCAGCAGAACCCCAUCGAGAGCCAGUUCCUGCAGAGCCUCGCCGACAACCUCAACGCAGAGGUUGCCCUGGGGACAGUGACCAACAUAGAAGAGGCAGUCAAGUGGCUCAGCUACACCUACCUGUAUGUGCGAAUGAGGGCUAACCCUCUGGCCUACGGCAUCAACUACAAGGCCUGCCAGAUGGACCCGGGUCUGGAGAUGUACCGUAAGGAGCUGGUGGUGGAGUCUGGCCGCAAGCUGGACAAGGCCCGCAUGAUCCGCUUCGAGGAGCGCACCGGCUACUUCCACUCCACUGACUUGGGCCGCACAGCCAGUCACUUCUACAUCAAGUACAACACCAUAGAGACGUUUAAUGAGAUGUUCAGCUCCCAGAAGACAGAAGCAGACAUCCUGAGCAUUGUGUCCAAAGCGGAGGAGUUUGAGCAGGUUAAGGUGCGUGACGAGGAGAUGGAGGAGCUGGAGCGGUUGCUGACGGACUGCUGUGAGCUGCCGGCUGCUGGAGGCGUGGAGAAUGGCUACGGCAAGAUCAACAUCCUCCUGCAGACCUACAUCGGCCGCGGGGAGGUGGACAGCUUCUCGCUCAUAUCCGACCUGUCCUACGUGGCUCAGAACGCAGCGCGAAUCGUGCGGGCGCUCUUCGAGAUCGCCCUGCGGAAGCGCUGGCCGGCCAUGACGUACCGGCUGCUGAACCUGUGCAAGGUGAUUGACAAGCGCCUGUGGGGCUGGGCCCAUCCACUGCGGCAGUUCUCCACGCUGCCCCAUACCGUGCUCGGCCGCCUGGAGGACCGCAACAUCAGUGUGGACAAACUCAAGGACAUGAGCAAGGACGAGAUCGGUCACAUGCUGCACCAUGUGAACAUUGGUCCGAAGGUGAAGCAGGCUGUGCACCAGAUCCCCUGCAUCCUCAUGGAGGCCAGCAUCCAGCCAAUCACACGCACCGUCCUCCGCGUGCGCCUCACGGUCACCCCCGACUUCCGCUGGAAUGACCAGGUGCACGGCUCAGUGGGGGAGCCCUGGUGGCUCUGGGUGGAGGACCCUGUCAACGACCACAUCUACCACUCGGAGUACUUUCUGCUGCAGAAGAAACAGGUGGUGUCAGGUGAGCCGCAGCAGGUGGUCUUCACCAUCCCCAUCUUUGAGCCCAUGCCUUCGCAGUACUACAUCAGAGCCGUGUCUGACCGCUGGCUCGGGUCCGAAGCCGUGUGUGUCAUCAACUUCCAGCAUCUCAUACUGCCCGAGAGACACCCACCUCACACAGAAUUGCUGGACCUGCAGCCGUUGCCCGUGACGGCCCUGGGGAACCGCGAGUACGAGAGCCUGUACCGCUUCACCCACUUCAACCCCAUCCAGACGCAGAUCUUCCACACGCUCUACCACACCGACACCAACGUGCUGCUGGGGGCGCCCACCGGCUCCGGCAAGACCAUCGCCGCCGAGCUGGCCAUCUUCAGGGUCUUCAACAAGUACCCCACCUCCAAGGUGGUCUACAUCGCCCCACUCAAGGCUCUGGUCCGCGAGAGGAUCGAGGACUGGAAGAUCAGGAUAGAGGAGAAACUAGGCCGCAAGGUGGUAGAGCUGACUGGUGAUGUGACUCCGGACAUGCGGCAGAUCGCUAAGGCGGACCUGAUCGUCACCACCCCAGAGAAGUGGGACGGCGUGAGCCGCAGCUGGCAGAACCGCAGCUACGUGCAGAAAGUGGCCAUCCUCAUCAUCGACGAAAUCCACCUACUCGGGGAGGACAGAGGCCCCGUUCUGGAGGUCAUAGUGUCCAGGACCAACUUCAUCUCCUCACACACAUCCAAGGCGGUGCGCGUGGUGGGGCUGUCCACAGCGCUGGCCAACGCUCGCGACCUGGCCGACUGGCUGGGCAUAGGACAGGUGGGCUUGUUUAAUUUUCGUCCAUCUGUGCGUCCUGUGCCAUUGGAGGUGCACAUCCAGGGUUUCCCAGGGCAACACUACUGUCCUCGCAUGGCCAGCAUGAACAAACCUGUGUUUCAAGCCAUUCGCAGCCAUUCUCCAGCCAAGCCUGUGUUGAUCUUCGUGUCGUCACGGCGACAGACGCGUCUGACCGCCCUGGACCUGAUGGCCUUCCUGGCGACCGAGGACGACCCCAAGCAGUGGCUGCACCAGGACGAGCGCGAGAUGACUGACAUCAUCGCCACGGUGCGCGAGUCCAACCUGAAGCUGACGCUGGCCUUUGGCAUAGGUCUGCAUCACGCUGGACUCCACGAGCGCGACCGCAGGACUGUGGAAGAGCUCUUCGUCAACUGCAAGAUCCAGGUGCUUAUUGCCACCAGUACCUUGGCAUGGGGCGUGAACUUCCCUGCCCACCUGGUCAUAGUGAAGGGCACGGAGUACUAUGACGGCAAAACACACCGCUAUGUCGAUUAUCCCAUUACAGAUGUGCUGCAGAUGAUGGGUCGUGCUGGGCGUCCUCAGUUUGAUGACCAGGGUAAAGCGGUCAUCCUGGUACACGACAUCAAGAAGGACUUCUACAAGAAGUUCCUGUACGAGCCCUUCCCUGUGGAGUCCAGCCUGCUGGGUGUGUUGUCUGACCAUCUGAACGCUGAGAUCGCCUCAGGCACCAUCGCCUCUAAGCAGGACGCCAUGGACUACAUCACCUGGACCUACUUCUUCCGUCGCCUCGUCAUGAACCCCAGCUAUUAUGAGUUGGAUGACAUCAGUAAUGACACUAUCAACAAAUACUUGUCCAGCCUGGUCGAGAGAAGCCUGCGUGAUUUGGAGUGCUCGUAUUGUAUAGAGAUUCAAGAGGAUGAGCGCACCAUUGAGCCGCUGACAUACGGCCGCAUCGGCUCCUACUACUACCUCAGGCACCAGACCGUACGCAUGUUCAAGGAGCGGCUCAGGGCAGAGCUGCCCCUGGCCGAGUUGCUCUCCGUCCUCACGGAAGCGGAGGAGUAUGCGGAGCUGCCCGUGCGGCACAACGAGGACCAGCUGAACAGCGAGUUGGCCCAGCGGCUCCCCCUGCAGGUGAGCCCGCACUCCUUCGACAGUGCGCACACCAAGACCCACCUGCUGCUGCAGGCGCACUUCAGCCGCGCCACGCUGCCCUGCUCCGACUACGCCACCGACACCAAGACCGUCCUGGACAACGCCAUACGCAUCUGCCAGGCCAUGCUGGACGUAGUGGCCAAUGAGGGCUGGUUGGUGGCGGCUCUCAGCAUCUGUAACCUGGUGCAGAUGACCGUUCAGGGCCGCUGGCUGCACGACUCCUCCCUCCUCACACUGCCUCAUAUCGAACAGCAGCACCUCUACCUCUUCAGGAGGUGGGGCUCCAAAGGAGGGAGAGGCGGGGCUUAUGACGGAUCAAUCGAGAGCCUGCCGGAGCUGAUGGCGGCGUGUGAUGGGAGGGAGGGCACGUUCGCCGCCAUGGUGAGAGACGAGCUGUCGCCCAACCAGGUUUCCCAGGCGUGGUGUUUCCUGGCCCAGCUGCCGGUGCUGGAGGUGAGUGUGAGCGUGCGGGGCUGGUGGGAGGGGGCGGGCGAGCAGAACGAGCGGCCCGUCUCUCUGGCCGCCUCCAGCCUGAGGGAGGGCAGCAGUUGGCUGCCGCUGCACGCCGACCAGGAGUAUGUGCUGCAGGUCACCCUGCGCCGGGUCAACGCCGGACAUCAGAGGAGAAAGCAGGACAGCAAGGCCCAGGCUCCUCGGUUCCCCAAGCCUAAAGACGAGGGCUGGUUCCUGGUGCUUGGAGAGGUGGACCGGAGAGAGCUGCUGGCCGUCAAGCGCGUGGGCUACGUCAGGAACAACACCUCCGUCUCCCUGGCCUUCUACACACCCGAGAAGCCCGGCAAGUGUGUUUACACUGUCUACCUGAUGAGCGACAGCUACCUGGGCCUGGACCAGCAGUACGACCUUCACCUCAACAUCACAGCGGCUAGCCUCCAAGCCAAGGUCAACACCGACGUUUCCGAAAGCGCCGCCAACAUGACCCUGGAGUGACCCGGUAGAGGCGCGCGCCUAUGGGGAAGAGAAGGCAGCAUCAGAGGGGGCCAGCCAAGGCUUCUCCUGCUCUUCAACCCAAAAACAAACCUCGCCUUGGUUUAAAGGGCUCCAGCUCUGUUUGCGAGACCCACACCCUAUAGGGACUGGAUUUCACGUUGACCAAAGAGGCCUUUCAUCUGAAAGUCUCCUUUCUCCACGGGACACAAUAUGGGUGUAAUUAAUUCAUCUUUCGUUCAGAUUAAUUCGGAUUUCAAAUGUUGAUUGGGCACAAAGGACAUACGCUUGCGUACAUGAACAAUGACCUUGAGCUUGUCACGAGACAAUGUUUUGCAGCUCGGCUCUGACUUUGAAGACCUCCCCCCCCCCGAACCUGAAGGAGUGUGUGUGACGAUGGCGUAGUCGUGAGGGUGCGAGGGGAAGGGAAGAGAAAUGCUGUGUUCUGAUUAAGUCGUCAGUCGCGCUGCAGCGGCUCCAAGGAUGGGAAGGAUUUGGCUGUUUACGUUUGUAGUGUGGUGUAACUGAGAUGCCCUGAGGGAAGGGUGGAGGGGAAAAAACAGCCACUCACAGGUUUCUGGAGAAAAAGUGUGUGUGUGUGGAUGUGCUUAGACUAGAGCGCAUUUUGGGCCAAAGAAGAUGUGGAAUUCCGUACAGGUGUGUUAAACAUGCUACCCACUGUGCAAGACUACACUCUGUGCCAAACUGUCACAUCUGCUUUGCCAAAUGCGCACACACACACACACACACACACACACACACUCACAGCCAUUCCUUGCUGAAGGCUCAUUUCUCACCACCAGUUACAUACACAGGCUCCACAGUCGUCAUGGAAACGUUGCUUCACACACAUAGGUUUGAUGAAAGAUUUAAUCAAAGCCACAUCAUUAAGAUUGGUUAUUUCUGUUGGGUUUUGGCAGGGAUAGGAGCAAAAAUAUAUAUGAAAAGUUUUAAAAUAUUGCUGCAACUGGGUAAACAGCUCAGCAUAAACAUUGGGAAAGCCUUUUGGGAAAAAAGGGAGGAGGUAUUUUUAUUUUGUUAUGCUUGGUCUCUGUUUAUUCUUUAUAAGUUCAGCCGGUUUAAUGACUUAUUUUGGGCAAGAAAAUAAAGAGAUGAAAAUUU